AUGCCCACCAAAUUACGAUCCGCCAGCCGAAAAUCGAGCCGUGGUCGGCAGAGGCAGCCCACCCAAAUCGGCGAGCUGGAGACGACCCCGACUAGCCAUCACCACGAGUCUCCAAGACCAGUCUCCAGCUACGCUGCUGGCUCUGAUACUCAGCUUCUUGAGGACAUUGCCGACUUGAUGACCGACAUCGACCCCCACAUCCUUCACCCGACUGAAGCCAAAGACAUCUCUGCCAGCGCUCCAGUCGGUGGCGGCGUAGGCAGCACUUUCGCUUGGUCGGACACGGGGUCCGUUGCCAGAAGAAGCUCUCCACUCCGCCCGGGUGAGACUCCCGGUGCACCUUGGCGAUUCGACGACGAAUCUGUGCCCCCCCUGUCCAGCACAAAGUCCACUGGAACCAACUUACCGGAUACCGCGCCGUUGCAUGGGAUCUUUUCGCCGGACCAGCAGAUUGAAGGAGCUGCUCCCUCCACGAAGAACGUUGACUUUUCCGAGACUGCGACCACGGCACACCGAAGCUCGCCUUAUUUUACCGGCGACAACGUUGAGAAGGUAUUCGACUUCUUUGAACAUGGCAGCAGUCACUAG